AUGGCGACGCCCGUAGGAUGGGCGCAGGGGGGGUCAGGGUCGGUGUGUCUCGCCUUCGACCAACUGCGGGACGUGAUUGAGUCUCAGGAGGAAUUGAUCCAUCAGCUGAGGAACGUGAUGGUUCUCCAGGAUGAAAAUUUUGUCAGUAAAGAAGAGUUCCAGGCAGUGGAGAAGCAGUUGGUGGAAGAGAAAGCUGCUCAUGCCAAGACCAAGGUCCUCCUGGCCAAGGAAGAGGAGAAGUUGCAGUUUGCCCUUGGAGAGGUAGAGGUGCUGUCUAAACAGCUGGAGAAAGAGAAGCUGGCCUUUGAAAAGGCGCUCUCCACUGUCAAGAGCAGAGCCCUGCAGGAGUCCAGCAAGAAGGACCAGCUCAUCACCAAGUGCAAUGAAAUUGAGUCUCACAUUAUAAAGCAAGAAGAUAUACUUAAUGGCAAAGAGAAUGAGAUUAAGGAAUUGCAGCAAGUUAUCAGCCAACAGAAACAGAUCUUCAGGAAUCACAUGUCUGACUUCCGGAUCCAGAAGCAGCAGGAGAACUACAUGGCCCAGGUGCUAGACCAGAAGCAUAAGAAAGCCUCGGGGACCUGUCAGGCCCGGAGCCACCAGCGUCCCAGGGAAAAAUAA